ACGCAAUACCUACACUAUACACGGCGCGCUAUAUAUAAAGCACAGCGAGACAAAGCAAGUACAACUUCGAUCUUCCUAAAAAAUACUCGAAAAUCUGUUUUCCAUUCUGCAUCAAUUAUGUCUGCUCAUCACAGAGACAAUUACAGGGCUAUAGCACAGCGUUCGAAAUUAUUUCCGGUAAUUCCACAAGUAGUAGAAUUCAACUUCCACAACUAUACUUGCUCAUUUCAGAGACGCACAGCAGUAUGCCUUACUUGUGACCGUUCAGUUUCAGAUGCACCGAACACCACGUCGAAUUUUGUCAAGCACUUGAAAAAACACAGGAGGCGCUAUGAGGAAUACCUCGCGAGCAAGGUUCAGAGGAGGCCGAGAAAACGAUCCCGACCUCCCCCACCACCAGAUCGACCACCAUCUCCACCACAAGUUCGUCAACCAUCUCCACCACCACGCCGACAACCGUCUCCACCAACCUUUAACCAGCCAUCUCCUCCACAGCAGCGUUUACCUUCUCGACCGCCACAACGCAGACCAUCUCCGCCACAACAGCGUCAAUUACCUUCUCAGCCACCGCAACGUCGACCUUCCCCGCCGCCACAGCGUCGUCGACCUCAACCACGUCAGCGAUACUCGCCGCCAAUUCACCAACCAUCUCAAGCUCGCCGGCGACCAUCCCCACGACAGCUCCCGCCCUCUCAAGUUUACGCCACGAUGUUCGGGGAUGAACUCCCGAUGCAAUCGGGACUGUCGACGACCUUGGACCAACCGUCGACGUCGAUGGCGAUUGAGGAAUCGAGGGACGUAACCGCCGAAAGUAUCGCCUUAUCGGGGGCCAUAGGACAAUCCUCGACUAUGAUGAACAUUGAGAGACCGAGAGUUGUAACCGCCCAAAGCAUAGCGUACGCCUUCCCCGCGGUUGAUGAGGUUGAUGAUGACGACUUCACUUUCCCAUCCACUGAGUCAGAAACUUGCAUUAUUCAGUACAUGAGCGGUUUCGGUAACGAGUUUGCGACGGAAGAUCCCCGUUGUCCUGGAGCCUUACCGGAGGGUCAGAACAACCCUCAGAAAUGCCCCUAUAACUUGUAUGCUGAGCAGCUGAGUGGGACGGCAUUCACGGCUCCGCGGGUCCACAACAAGCGAUCCUGGCUCUACCGACUCCGCCCAUCUGUCGUCCACACCCCCUUCAAGCCCAUCAGCAAUGGGAACAUGACAAACAAUUGGGAUAGCUGGCCACCAAAUCCUAACCAGCUGCGUUGGCGUCCAUUCGAUAUGCCCCAUGAAGGCUCCGGACCAGUUGACUUUGUUCAGGGUCUGAGUACGGUUUGUGGAGCAGGAGAUCCAAGGAGCCGACACGGCACUGCCGUUCAUGUCUAUACCUGCAAUGCGUCCAUGUCAGAUAAGAGUUUUUACAAUUCUGAUGGAGACUUUCUCAUAGUUCCACAGGAGGGGGAGCUCAUCAUUUUCACUGAGUUUGGGAAGAUGAUGGUGAAUCCUAACGAGAUCUGUGUUAUCCAGCAAGGAAUGAGGUUCAGUGUGUAUGUGAAUGGACCUUCAAGAGGCUACAUUCUAGAAGUUUUUGAUGGCCACUUCACCCUUCCUGACCUUGGUCCCAUAGGAGCCAACGGACUUGCCAACCCCCGUGAUUUCCUGACCCCGACGGCCUGGUUUGAGGACCGUCCAAGCGAUUACACCAUGAUCAGCAAGUUCCAGGGCAAGCUCUUCUCGGCGAGUCAGAAGCAUUCUCCGUACGACGUCGCAGCGUGGCACGGCAACUACCAUCCCUACAAGUACGAUUUGGAAAAGUUUAUGGUGAUCAAUGCCGUUGCUUUCGAUCAUGCAGAUCCGUCAAUCUUCACAGUCCUAACCUGCCAAUCCAACAGACCCGGUACUGCCAUUGCUGACUUUGUCAUCUUCCCACCUCGUUGGUCUGUUCAAGAACAUACCUUCAGACCACCAUACUACCACAGAAACUGCAUGAGUGAAUUCAUGGGUCUUAUCAAAGGAAAAUAUGAAGCAAAGGAGGAAGGAUUUCAACCCGGCGGUGCUUCCCUUCAUAGUAUGAUGACACCCCAUGGUCCGGAUGCUACCUGCUUUGAAAACGCUUCUAACGCACCUCUCAAAGCCGAACGAAUUGCAGACGGCACGAUGGCAUUCAUGUUUGAGACGAGUCUAAGUUUAGCCCUGACUGAAUGGGGAGACAAAACAUGUCAGAAGGUAGAUCCGAGCUACUACGAAUGCUGGCAACCGCUUGAGAAACGUUUCAAAUCGGAAGACGGCCAAGCGAUGGCGUGAAACCGCCCAAAGUGGAAGAUUCGUCAGCAAUAUCGAUUCUGUUUCUCCAUUCUUGCAGUCACAUGGCAGCUUCAUGAUCAUUAUUUUUUUUAAAGGGAAAAACUUGUGGUGGGAAAGAUUUAGAAUUAUGAUAUUGCAAUUUUCUUAUUCAUGUAUCAAUAGGAAAGACAUACUAUAGAAGGGUGCAUUAGCAUUCAUGCCAUCCCCCCAGUCGAUAGCUGAAAUGUUCAGGUCAAACAUAUGUUUGUAGUUACAGCCAUGGAUGCAGUCAAGGCCAACCUCAAGGUCACUUUUGCCGGCCUUGGCCUCGGCCCGAGUCAUUUGUGUACAAAGCGUAUGGGAGGUGGUUUUCUCCAACUGCCUCGUGACUCGGCCUUAGCAGCCUUGACUUCAUCCCUGGUCCCAGCCACUCGUUUCUGUGUGAAGUGUAUUUGACUCGAAGCAGACUAAUGGGGCAUUGCAACUCAAGCUCAUUUCAUGUUCAUUUUAUUCACUUUCACCAUUUAUAUAGUUGGAAAUGAUCUCUUAUUGGAAUUGGUAUAGUAUCAUGGGAAGUCUUCCAAUUGAAUGAGUUUCAUGUCAGUGAGAAAAAAAUGCAUGAAUUCAGGGAUCAAACAAAGAUUGAUUAUGAAGAAAAUGUUUUUUUCUCCGUUUGUUGCUUUCCUUUUAGCCCAGAUUUUAUUUCAUGCUGCAUCACACAAUGGGGAGUGUUUUGUUUUAAUCAAUCAUGUAUUUUCUUUUUAUUUGUUUCAUUCAUGGAGUGUUUGUUAAACUGAAAUAUAUAUAUCAUUACACAGUUCACAUGGUGGAGCUUUGUAAUUGAAAAGGAAUGGUCACUGGUCACUUUAAGAUCAAAAUCUUAAAGGAAGUGAAAGUCGACACUGAAAUCAAGUACAGUUAUCAUGAGAAAUUAUUAUAUGGUUCAGUUAUGACCAACAAUAUCCAAUGAUAUCGCUUGACCAAUAUCAGGGGAGUCUACCUUACACAAGGUGAUGAAAUCUAAUAAGCCAGUUCACGGUUAGCUCAUGAUCAACUUUUCUCAAAUGACCUUUGUGAUUUUUCAUUAGGAUAAGCACUAUCAUUUUCAAAUGUAGAUGUUGCGUAAGCUUUACCGGUAGAGUAUUCAAAUUCUAAGAACAAAAGGCAUUGUAUAGACCAGGUGACUAGAAUAGUACAUCAGGGAUAAAGUUUGGAAAUCUGUUUUAUUGUCUGCCUUUGGCACAUUUGACUAUUGUUUAGGCUACUGUCAAAUACCAGUGAUUAUGAAGGCUCUAUUACUCUUCAGCUUGGAUGUGAUAAAUAUUUUGAAAGGAAUACAUGAAUAAUCAUCAAAUCACAAAUGCCUAUGUCAGUGAAUUUGAAAGCCACCUUCAUGGUUGUCUCCAAUGACCAUUUUCUGCUCGUGCGCAGUUUACAACCGUGAACAGGCUUAUUCAAUUGAUCUUUAUCAUGUGUCACCUACCCCAUUAGCAAGUUGUGCAAUAUUAACUGUUUUCAAAUAUAAUUCAUGACUACAAUCAUUCAGCUCUUUACAAACAAGGAUGCAGUUUGUAAAUAUCCCAAUUUCUUCAUAAGAGCACAGUUUAGAAAUCAUUGUUCACCUGCUAUUUUUUAUCUUAAAAUUAAGGGGAUUCGUUAAACGCCCUCUCGAAAACACAAUCUGGCUGGCAUUUGACAAGCUUCAUAGUCAAGAGCAAAGGUUUCUUAGUUAGUAAUUAGUGAAAUUUGCAUGGAAUUAAAUGGUUCUAGUUUUUUUUUUCAUUAAGAAUGCUUGAUUGCUUUGAAGCCGAAAUGGCUGCAUGGCUGCAGCCAGGGUGAUAAUAUAAAGCAUAGUAGAGUAUAUGCAUAUAUUAGAUGUGCUAUAUGAAUGAACUUAUUAUUUUCAUUAUAGUGUGAGUCAAAUAUUAUAUUUUUCAAAACUUUCGGCAAUUUAAGUCUUUGGCACCGAGUGCAGAACAAAUCAUAGUUGCCAUCAUUGGAUGUUUAAAAUAAAAUAUUUUAAAAAUGUUUUAGAGAAUGGUAUUUAUUUUACCAUGAAGCAGCAGCCCCCCCACCAAUUAUUGGUUACACUUCGUAAUUCCGAAGGUUCUUUAUUCCGAAGGUUCGUAAUUCCGAAACACGUAAAUUGCCUAUACCUCGAUGUUCGUUAAUCCGAAAACGUAAAAGGGUUCGUUAAUCCGAACAUUUGUGGCGUUAUUCGGAAGGUUCGAUAAUCCGAAAACGAAAUAAGGUUCGAUGUUCCGAAGGUUCGCAUUUGAAUAGGGGGCCUCUUGAUUGGCCCAAACUGCUUUAAUAUUUGUUAACAGAAAGAGAGCCUACAAUAUUUGUUAACAGAAAGAGAGCCUACAACUUCAACACAAUUUUUGACAAAAAAUCUUUUUUUAUUAUUCAAAUAAUUAUACCUUUUUUUAGAGCGGCUUACAUGUAGCAUGCGCCAUUUUGCAAUGUGUGGCUAAUUUAGAACCCGUAAUGUAAAAGAGUGGUUUAGAAAAUGCACUGAAAGUUAAUUAUUUGGCACAAAGUGCACUACAAAAUCAAAGUUCUUAUUUUAUGUUUUGAAAUGUAUUUUGAAGAACCGAUUUUAUGUUAUUUUCCUCGUUUCUAGUUUUGUCUUUAUUUAUUUAUAUUUUUAUUUUUUUCUUGAUGAAAUAUGUAUACCAGUAGGUAUUGCAGAGGUAUGCCCUGAAAUAUUGAGUACACACAGUAUUCAUUCCCUGUAUAUGUCAAAGCAGUAGCAAUCAAACUUUGUUUAUUUAGCCAUUGUAAAUACCAACCCUUUAAAGAAGUGAUCAUGAUUUUGCAGCAUGUUUCAAUUCUUGUAACAUCAGAGUCUUGGUUAAUAUUGUUAGAAUUUAUUUUUUAUAAAACAUACUAGUAGUUAAUGUUGAACUUUACUGUCAUUUGCAUCAUUUUCACAAAGCAUUCAUGCUCCUGCGAUAUUGGUCUAAAUGAAACAAGUUCAUUGAAAGAAAUUCUCAAUAUUACAUGCUUAUUCAUCACUGUUUUCAAAAUUAUAUAUGGUAUAUUGUUUUUGAGAGGUUCAAUGAAAUUUGCUUACCACUAGAUUAGUGAUACAUCUUUUUCUUCUCAUUUUUGCUUUGAAGUGCCAAGACUUAGGGGGUGUUGCAAGAAAAUAUUUGCAAUCAGUUGCAAAUAUUCUGUUGCAAUUCUAAUAUUGAUGGAUCAAUUUUGACUGUAGCAAGUCAGAUUACACUCCUUUCAAGAAACAGAUUAGGCCAAUCAAUCACAAUUUUUUAUUCAAUUGCUAAACAUGUGAUUGAUUUAGGGACUGAAAAUAGACUUGCAAUUGAUCGUAUUGGUUUCUUGCAACACCCCAAUAGUGACGAUAUGUGAUAUUCGCUAUAUACAGACUGUUAUUAUUGUAAAAAUGCACAUUUUUUAUGAAAAGUGCUGUAUUGUUGUGCAUACAAGAGAAUUAUGAUAUCUCCCGUUGUGAUAAAGUUGUGCUAUCAUGUUUUCCUCAAACAAUUUCAAGAGAGCAUAUUGUACAUUCAUGGAAUAAAAUAUGUCAUUUAAAUUCAA